AUGGACGGACCGAGAGCAUCGUUAGCCGAAACAAAAGCUGAUCCAGUUUCCCUGUAUAUUGGACUGAAUAACAGAGGAGACUCCGCCAACGGAACAAUCUAUUUGGACGACGGGGAAACAUUUGCCUACGAGAAAGGAGAGUUCGCCUUCUGGGGUUCACUUUCAAGAAAGAAAUUAAUGAUUAUCUCUUCACAAUUACCAGCAAGAAUUUGGACAAAAAAGGGAAACCUUGAAUCG